AUGUUCAGCAGCGCCAAAGGGACUGCCUGUGACAUGGACGCCAUAAGCCCCAUGAGGCGGAGACACUGCCGCCAUGUGACUCUGGCCCCCAGUCUGAACUGCGAGAGACAACUCUCGAAGGACAUCAGUCUCGCCUUGACCACCAAAGGGGACACUGAGGUGGGAGGCUUCCGUAAAAACUGGAUACGGUACCCCUGCGUCAUGGUAGACACGACCCAUGGGGACGCACCCAUGGCCAUCCAGGCAGUCCGGCGUGUCUCGAUGUCGGGGAAACACGCUGGGUCCAUCCUGGCGUCAGGACUGAGGCGGAGGCUUGGGUCGGCCCUUAGCCUGAAACCCAGAACCUGA